AUGGAAUCAAACAACCAGUCACAAUCCCACGUGGUCGACGCCCUGAUAAUCGGCGGAGGCAUCUCGGGGCUGGCUGCCGCCCUCACGCUAGCGCGACAGCAGCACACGGCGAUGGUCCUAGACUCUGAGGAGUACCGCAAUGCACCGAGUCCCUACAUGCACAAUGUUCUAACAUGGGACAACCAAGAAACGGAGACGUUCCGCGCAGCGGCCAAAGACAACAUUCUCGCCACAUAUACGACGAUUCAGUUCGAGAAAGCGGAGGUCGAUACCAUCAAGGAGGCGACCAAGGAAAACUCGCAGCAGGAGUUCGUCGUGUCCGCCGCGGACGGCAGAUCAUGGACCGGAAGGAAAGUGAUUCUCGCGGUCGGAGUCCGCGACGUCUUCCCGGAAAUUACGGGUUACGCGGAGUGUUGGGCGAAGGGCAUUUACCACUGCUUCUUUUGCAAGGGCUACGAAGCUCGGGGAGCUAAGUCUGCAGGAAUCCUAGCCCUUCCCGAUAUCGCGAAAGUCCCUGCAGUUCUUCAUGCAGCCCGCACAGUAAGCCGAUUCGCCCAAGACGUCAAUGUCUACACCCAUGGGUCUGGGGAGUUAGGCGACGCAAUUGUGAAAGCACAAGGAGAAAACCAGCUCUUCAAAGUAGACAAUCGGAGGAUCGAGCGCUUGGAGAAGGGCUCCGGUUUCGCCGACAUCAUCGUCCACUUCGAAGGAGGGGAAAGUGUGACGGAGGGGUUCAUGGGCCACAAACCGCCCACGGAACCCAAGGGGAAGCUAUAUGACCAGCUCGGGCUGGAAAUGAAUGCUAUGUUGGAUCCCGUACUCAAGCCCAUGUUCCUUGAGACGUCGCGGAAGGGCGUUUUCGCUUGCGGUGAUGCGGCUUCGGGAAUCAAGACCAUUCCGCAGUCCCUCUUCACUGGCUCGGUGGCUGCAGCGGCAGUUUGCGCACAGAUUCAGGCCGAGGAUGCGUGCCAACCAUGUAUCUUUUAAUAUGGGCUUACUGAGUCCUGGAUCUUACGUUUGAAGGGGGGUUGGGGUUGAUUGACAAGAGCUAUUGGCCACUCGGGAUUCAAUUUACUUUGCGUUGUACCAAGGUCCAAUGCUUAUGGCUAAAACUAGUAUAGAUACCUCGACUAUAAGCCAAUCCGAUCAGAAUAUAAGGUAGCUAGACAAUCGAAGCGCGGUUACUUUAGUUGCGCGGACAUGCCUUGCCUUACUUGCAUCGGAGAACAGCUGUUGUGUCUUUGCAGGUGAGGGAGUGACAUGUGAUUUAUGAUGCGACGGCACUUAUCGGUAACCACGACUUUGCUUGCCCGGAAAUAGCCA